AUGAUAGAAGUUAUAGUAGAUGAUCGGUUGGGCAAAAAGGUAAAAGUAAAAUGUCUAGGGGAUGAUACUAUACUAGAUUUAAAAAAAGUACUGAGCGUACAAUUAUCAAGUAAUACUACUGUUAAUGCUGAUACCACCAACUAUAAUAAAUUGAAAUUAAUUAAGGGGAACACUGCUCUAAAAAAUCACAUAACUUUAGAAGAUUAUGAAAUACAUGAUGGUACAUACCUAGAAUUAUAUUACAACUAG